AUGAGUAAAUGCCUGAAGCAACACGAAGAAGCAGUGCAAGAAUUUCAGCAGAAAGCAGCAUCGAUGCAGAUAAGUUUUUCUGAGAUGGAGCUUUCUAACGUGAGGCUCAAGCACAACCUCUCAUCGCAGGAGGCCGCACUUGAGAGGCUUAACGCUGAACAUGAAAAUUUGGUCUCAUCACUGAUGCAAGACCUUAAAUGCCAUGAAGAGGCGAAGCUCAGAUCAGAAGAGGAGUUGGCGGACUUGCAGACGAAGUUUUCUGAGUUGGAGCUCUGCAAUGCCGUGCUGGAACAGAAGCUUGCGUCGAAGGACACAGAGCUUGAAACGGCCAAGGCUGAGCACAGAAUUGCAUUCACAUCUAUCCUUCAAGACCUUAAAUUCCAUCAAGACACCAAGCUUGAGAUGGAUGAGAAAGCAGCAUCAAUGAAGAGGAAGAUUUCUGAGCUGGAGUUGCAGACCUCGACAUUGAAAAAAGAAACAGGUACGCUAAGCAAGCAGACUGCAGCGUUAGAUCGACUAAAGUCUGAACUGGAUGAAUGUCGCGCUCACCAAAAAGAGAUGGAGCUGGUGAAUAAGAGGUUGUUACACCAUGAGAACACUUUCAUACAAAUGCGCAGUCUUGCCAAAAGACUACGCAAUGAGAAGAAUGAUUUGCUUGAAAAGGUUGAACUGCUGAAAUCAGCCAACGAAGAGCAAGAAGACUCCAACAGUUCACAAGUACAGGCACUUGCUCAGAAGCUGAGAAUGGCAAAGAGUGAGCUGGCAGUCUGGAAGGAGCGGUGCUUGAGUCAAAGUCUAAAAUACACAUCCACUGAAGACAUAGAAUGUUCCGCCUCUGCUGUAACUGGGCGGCUUAAGAAGCACCGGUCCUUUUCAAAACCAGCCAGCCCUUCAUUGUCGUACUCUGCUGCAUCAGUAAGUGCUAUGGCCAGUCAGGCUGCCAAUAAUGGGAUCCCAUCACGUCCCCGUUGUGAGCAAUCUGAAGGCACAGCUGCAACAUUUUCCACGACGAAUUAUUCUCAAUCCCAGGGAGCAUCUCGUUUGUCAAAACGCUCAAGAAAGGAUCCACCAUAA